AUGGACGCCUUAGUGGCAACAUAUAGCCGUCCAGCUUUUGAGGAUGAAGGCUACUCGUCAGACGAGCACCAAGAGCUGAUACAAGCAAAGCCAUCACUGUCCUUGAACUUUGCAUUACCCCCCAUGCGGAACCCUUCAGCCUUCCUUCGCGCGUUGACAGACGAUCAUGCCAACCCAAGUUGCCCCAUCAAGCUUGCACACGGCACAACAACGCUCGCAUUCCGAUUUCAAGGGGGCAUCAUUGUGGCUACAGAUUCAAGAGCUUCGGCAGGAGAUUGGAUUGCCAGCCAAACAGUCAAGAAAGUCAUCGAGAUCAACAACUGCCUGUUGGGUACGAUGGCCGGUGGUGCUGCGGAUUGUCAGUAUUGGUUGGGCUACCUCGGUAUGCAAUGUCGACUCCACGAGCUCCGCCACAAGCGCCGUAUAUCUGUGGCCGCAGCAUCUAAGAUUCUUUCGAAUCUCGUCUACUCGUACAAGGGCAUGGGCUUGAGCAUGGGUACAAUGUGUGCCGGUGUCACACCACAAGAAGGCCCUGCGCUGUACUAUAUCGAUUCAGAAGGUACUCGGCUAGCUGGCAAUUUAUUUUGCGUGGGGUCAGGCCAGACUUUUGCGUACGGAGUCCUGGAUGCGGAGUAUCACUACAACCUAAGCGAAGAAGAAGCACUGGAGCUUGGUUCAAGAAGCAUCCUCGCGGCUACGCAUAGAGAUGCUUUCUCCGGUGGCUUCAUCAACCUGUAUCACGUCAAGGAGGACGGUUGGGUCAAGCACGGCUUCAGAGACACGAAUCCUAUCUUCUGGAAGACGAAGCUGGAGAAGGGCGAGUUCAGCAAUGUCACGGCAAAUCUGUGA